AUGUGUCUAAGAUCAUCCUCAGUUAUGAUCAAAAUCAACUUUAACUGGAGGACAUUUUACCUCCUUACAAUCGUAUUUCGUUUUGUAUUUACGCUAUCAGACUCGUACAUUCAUCCUGAUGAACAUUUCCAGAGUUUAGAGGUGCUUACCAACCAUAUCUUGAACUACUCCACCAACAUUCCUUGGGAGUUUCGAGAUGAUCCAGCAAGAAGUUUAGCUCCAUUGUACUUUAUUUAUGGGCCCUUGCUUUAUCUCAUCAAAAUUUUCAAGUUGAAUUUGACUCCGUUACAAAUAUGGUAUAUUGCACGAUUACAAAUAAGUAUACUAAGUUGGAUUAUCACCGAUUUCUGUUUGUAUUGGAUGCCACCCUCGAAACCCGAACGUAUCAAAGCGAUUUUCUUCACUCUGACUUCGUAUAUCACAUUGGUAUAUCAAAACCAUUUAUUUUCAAAUAGUAUUGAAACAGUAUUGUUGUUAGUUACAAUUUUACUAAUUGAUGAUUUGCGAUAUAUCCAAGAAUCAAAAGAUAAAGAUGUACAAGAUUUAAACAAAGACAAAAGUUUAUUUUAUAUCGGGAUGUUGAUUUCCAUUGGUGUUUUUAAUAGAAUUACUUUCCCAGCUUUUUUGAUUUUUCCUGGUUGGUUCGUAAUAAAGUACGUGCUCAAGCAUUAUGUCAGUGGAUUAUACUUAAUAAUGGGGGUUUCUUCAACUACCGCGUUGCUAAUAUUAGUUGAUACAAUAUUAUUUGGAAAUAUAGACAAAAUAUCAACGGAACCGUUCAAUACUUCCAAUUACAUUAUUGCGCCUUUGAACAAUUUAUUAUACAACACAAAGUAUGAGAACUUGGCCCAGCAUGGAAUUCACCCAUACUACACACAUGUAUUGAUCAAUUUGCCUCAGCUUCUUGGACCAGGGUUAAUUUUUUUUGUUUCCAAGUCGUAUGCCAAAACUACACCAUUUUUAACAGUUAUUAGUGGAUUAUUGUUUCUUUCAGUGAUUCCACACCAGGAAUUAAGGUUUUUGAUUCCACUUUUGCCCCUCGCAUGUUGCUGUUUUGAUUUUACUUUGAAAUGGGUACAGCCUUGGAUGUUAUACACGUGGUAUAUUUUUAACAUUUUCAUGUGUUUAUUAAUAGGGAAAUUACACCAAGGUGGCGUUGUACCAGUAUUGGACCAUAUAAAGCUGGAAGCAUCAGUACAAGUAUGGUGGAGAACUUAUACACCACCUAGUUGGAUUUUGGGCAGCAAUUCAACUGAAACUAUACGUCUUGGCGAAAAAUUGGAUGAUAAUAAAUUUGUUAAUAUUAUUGAUUGCAUGGGCGCUGACAGUAAAGAGGUUGAGCAAGUCCUUCAAACAAUCUCAACAGAUAAACCAGUAUAUUUAAUUACCCCAGUUGCCUCUUUCAAACACUUUAACGAAUUACGCUUUAGCCCAGUUUGGAACUACACUUUUCAUUUGGAUUUAGACCAUUUAGACCUUGGAAAUAUCCAACCUGGAUUAGGUGUGUAUCAAUUAUUAUAG